AUGGCCUUUGAGGAGCUCCUGGAUCAAGUUGGUGUAGGGAGAUUCCAGAUUCGUGAGAUGGUUUUCUUUCUUGUCUCUAUAGCAGUAAUGUACCCUCAAGUUCUUUUGGAAAACUUCAUUGCUGUCAUCCCUGAUCAUCGCUGCUGGGUCCACAUCCUCGACAAUGACACUCUAUCUGCAAAUGACACUGUGAUCCUCAGCCCUGAUGCCCUCUUGAGAAUCUCCAUCCCACUGGACUCAAACAUGAGACCAGAGAAGUGUCGCCGUUUCCUCCACCCCCAGUGGCAGCUCCUUAACCUGAAUGGGACCUUUCCCAACAUGAGUGAAAUGAACACGGAGCCCUGUAUGGAUGGCUGGGUAUAUGAUCGAAGUACAUUUCCUUCCACUAUUGUGACUGAGUGGGACCUGGUAUGUGAAUUUCAGUCGUUCAAAUCAGUGGCUCAGUUUGUGUUCAUGGUUGGGGGACUGCUGGGAGGACUCAUUUAUGGCCAUUUCUCAGAUAGGUUUGGACGGAAGUUGCUUCUCAGCUGUUGUUUCCUCCAGCUCGCCAUCUCUGGGACUUGCGUGGCAUUUGCUCCCAACUUCCUCAUUUACUGCGCACUACGCUUCUUGGCAGGAUUUUCUACCACAACUAUCAUAACAAACACUUUUAUUCUCAUGUCAGAGUGGACAGUGCCCCGAUUCCAAGCCAUGGAAAUAUCACUGCUUUUCAGCGGCUUCAGUAUUGGACAGAUACUCUUGGCAGGGGCAGCUUUUGCCAUUCAAGAUUGGCGCACACUGCAGUUGACUAUAGCUGUACCUGUCUUUGUUUUGUUUGUGUCCAGCAGGUGGCUUGCAGAGUCCGCACGGUGGCUGAUCAUCACCAACAAUCUGAAUGAAGGUUUAAAGCAACUCCAAAGAGCUGCACACAUAAAUGGAAGAAAGGAUAUUGGAGAGACCCUAAACUUGAUGUGUGUGAGAACCAUCAUGCAGAAAGAGAUGAACGCAGGCCGGAUGCAAGCAUCAGUUUUUGACUUGUUCAGGAUACCCAAGCUGCGUUUGAGAAUUUACUACUUGUCCUUUGUGAGAUUGGCAAUCCAGUUGUCCUAUUUUGGCAUGGUCCUCAACCUGCAGCACUGGGGAGGCAAUAUUUUCCUGUCCCAGGUUCUCUUUGGCGCUGUCAGCCUCCCAGCUAGAUACGUUGUGCCUUUGACACUGAAUUAUAUGGGUCGUCGAAUAAACCAGUUAUUGUUCAUGUUCAUGAUGGGACUUUGCAUUCUGGUCACCGUAUUUGUGCCUCAAGAAAUGCGGACACUGCGUGUAGCUUUAGCAGUGUUGGGAGCUGGAGCUUUUGGUGUCGUCAGCACUAGUUCUUCCAUCCACCACCAGGAACUCAUCCCCACUGUAUGCAGGGCAACAGCUGGAGGAAUCAAUUCAAUGGCCAGUAGGUGUGGGGCAGUCAUAGCUCCACUCUUGAUGAUCCUAGUAGUGUAUUCUGCCCCCCUGCCCUGGAUCAUCUAUGGAGUCUUGCCCAUCCUGGCAGGCCUUGUUGUCCUUCUCCUUCCUGAAACCAGGAAUCAGCCUCUCCCUGACAUCUUCCAGGAUGUGGAAAACGACAGAAGAGACUCAAGAAAAGCAGAACAGGCUGAAACUUCCAUGAAAGUAACCCAGUUUUAA